CAGCUGUUUAAGUGCAGUUCAAAACAAAGUGGAACAAUUUGUGUUGAAGCACACAAGAAAAUUAUUAUUAUCUUUAAAAUGUCAGAGGAAAUACUUUUUGAUUGCCUUCAUGCUGAGAUAGUCAACUACUGCUUGGACAGCAAUAAGGAGCACGACCUGGCCACUUUGGAGUACAUAGGCUUCACCACCGGCUACCGUUUGAUUGAGCGGCUCACCCGCGAGGUGCCCCGCUUCAAGGACGAACUGGAGACUAUGAAGUUCAUCUGCACCGACUUCUGGACACUUAUCUACAAAAAGCAAGUGGACAACCUGAGAACUAAUAACCACGGCAUGUACGUGGUGCAGGACAAGGCAUUCCGAUUCCUGACGCGCAUCUCGCCGGGCACCAAGCAACUGGAGCACGCGCCCAAGUUCGUGGCCUUCACCUGCGGGCUGGUGCGAGGAGCCCUUAGCAACCUGGGCAUCAACAGUACCGUGACGGCCGAAGUGCAGAGUAUACCGGCCUGCAAGUUCCACAUAGAAGUAAAUAGGAACUAAUUAGGGCAUAAGGCAAUGGUUUAUUACUACAAUUAUAUAGUUACUACAUACUAAA